ACAACCGGCCUUUACGGUCUAGCCGUUCACCCCAACCCUAGACCGCACCUCAUCUCUCUCUACCAACGUCUCCUCCACUCCCUCGAGCGCGUUCCCGCCUCUGCAGCAUAUCGUCAGUCCGCGGAAGCCCUCGCUCGCCAUCGUCUCGAAGUUGUAGAGAAGAAUGAGGACACGGCAGCGAUCGAGAAGCAGCUGGAUGCAGGCCAGAUUGAGGAGCUGAUUGUGGCGGCGGAACACGAGUUGAGGCUGUUGCCUGAGAUGUUCAAGUACAAGGUAUGGGAGCCUUUAGAGGAGCCUGCGCCAGAGGGACAGUGGGAAUACUUCGGCAACAAGGGGCGAUCGCAAUAG